UAAAGGUCGCUGGAGCUGGCGACUUGAACGACGUUAGUCACAUCGACUUCUCUCCCAUCAAAAAGUUUGGCAAGUAGACUUAACUGCCAUUUUGGACGACUUUUCCGGCGACUUACAAGAGGCCCCAGACGGCUCUGCCUCUGAAAGACCACCCGUACUUGGGCACAUUUCGACUCAGCAUCGACCAUGGGAAUUAAACAGCGUUGCUCACCCAGCGCUUGGGCUUGGGAUGCCGUGUCCAACUGGAACGUGACGCCGCGGCUCUGGAACACGGCCCGCGAGACGUGGUAUCUCGGCUUCACUUCCUUUGGAGGGCCUCCGGUGCACUUCAAGAUUUUCCAUGACAAGUUUGUCACCAAACUGCAGUGGAUCGAUGAGCAGGUGUACCAAGAGCUGUUCAGCGUGUGCCAGGCCUUUUCCGGGCCGGGCAGCACCAAGAUGCUGUACUGCAUCAACUUGAUGCACGACGGGUUUUUGCCGGCUGUGUUGGGGUUUUUGUUCUGGAGUCUUCCUGCUGCGCUGGGCAUGUUUGGCCUCGCCAUUGGUAUAUCCAACAUCGGCGAGACCCUCCCCCGGGCUGUAUAUGCGCUACUCUCACGCGACUGUUGGUUCUUCGGGGCCGCGGCCGGGCUGCUGUACAAUGCGCUGUGGUAUUUCCCGCUACUUAUGUUGGGUGCCGGUAUUAUCGCCGUUGUCUAUGAUUUCCGCUGGCUCCAUGGGCCGGUGAAGUGGGCUGUUGGACUGCCGAGGAGGGCCAGAGGGAGCAAUAGGAAGAACAGGGAGGCCGAGGCAGAGGCAGCGCAGGAAGAAAGCGAGAUUGAACUGUCGCAACAACCACAGCACGCUAGCGAACAAACCCCCUCCCGCGCGCCAUCCACGACGUCCGCCCGCCAACGAGUCCUUGCCAACACCGACGAUGACACUCCCGCUACCGGCCACACCGACAAUAACGACGGUACCAGAGGAAACACUGUAUCAGACGAGGCGCGAACCGUCCCCUCAACACACGACCUCCAGACCCAGGCCGACACGCCGACCACUAUGGGCUGGAAAGCGGGCCUCUCCCUGAUCUUGCUCUUUCUCGCCUCAUUCGUCGUUAUCAUGGUGCUCCGUAGUACCCUCCCGCAACCACCCCUCCUCUACCGCCUUUUCUCCAACCUCUACCUGGCCGGUACCAUUAUAUUUGGCGGUGGCCCUGUUGUGAUCCCCCUCCUCCGCGAGUAUAUCGUUGCCGAGGGAUGGGUAUCGACGCGCGACUUCCUAAUUGGCCUGGCUAUUAUUCAAUCCCUCCCCGGCCCAAAUUUCAACUUCGCCGUCUACCUCGGCGCCCUGACCGCCGCCAACGCCGGCCACCCGCCCGCCGCGGGCGCCGUCCUCGGCUACCUGGCCAUCUACCUGCCCGGCCUGGCCACAGUGCACGGCACGGUCGGGGUGUGGGGCAAGGUGCGCGGGGUCAACGCCGCUGCAGUCGGCCUCAUCUACACGGCUGUCUACCGCCUAUGGCAGAUCGGGUGGAUCGAUGAGGGGUUUGAGAGGGGCGCGAGCUUGGCUGAGGAUCCGUGGUGGGUGGUCGUGACCGCGUCGAGUUAUGUGGGUGGGUGCUGGUUUGGGGUGAGCCCGCCGGUGGCGUGCGUGGCGGGGGCGGUGUUGGGGUUGUUGAGGUUUGCGGUUGUUGGGUGA